AUGGAACAACCCCAAGGCUUUGAGGAUGCUAAUUUUCCUGACCAUGUAUGUCGAUUGCAUAAAUCUCUUUAUGGACUGAAACAGGCCCCUCGUGCUUGGUUUAUGCGCCUCUCCCAAGCUCUCAUGGAACUUGGUUUUUCAGGCUCCCUGGUUGACACAUCGCUCUUUCAUUUUCGUCAUCAAUUAGUUUGUGUGUUUGUAGUAAUAUAUGUACACGACAUACUAGUUACAAGUAAUUCCUCCUCUGUUGUUUCCAGUCUUAUUUCCAAAUUAAAGUGUGAAUUUGCUGUGAAGGAUUUGGGGCCUUUAUCUUAUUUUUUCGGCAUUCAAGUCACAAGGGGUGCACAUGGAUUAUUUUUAUCUCAAUCAAAGUAUGUUACUGAUUUGCUAUGCAGAUCUAAAAUGGAUGGUGCCAAACCAGCUUCUACUCCUUGCGGGUCUGGAGACAAAUUAUCACGUUUUGCUGGGGAUCCAUUGGCAGAUCCAUCUGACUAUCGACAUAUUGUAGGAGCUUUACAAUAUUGCACAUUGACACGUCCGGACGUUGCUUACAGUGUUAAUCAUUUAUGUCAGUUUCUUCAUGCUCGGACUACCCUUCAUCUUGUUGCUGCCAAGCGUGUCCUACACUAUCUUAAAGGUACAGUUGCAUAUGGUUUGCAUUAUACCAAAGGUUCUUUACAACUUAAUGGAUUUUGUGACUCGGAUUGGGCGGGUAGUCUCGAUGAUAGAAAAUCAACUACGGGAUAUGGCAUUUAUCUUGGUCCAUGUCUUAUCUCUUGGACUGCCAAGAAACAAGCUGUGGUUGCAAAAUCAAAUACUGAAGCUGAGUAUAGAUCUAUGGCACUGGUUGUUGCUUAA